AUGAAGAAUUUUUCGCUUACUCCAUCAGAUGAAUCUGCUAAAAGUAACUCUCUUUCUAUUCCAUCCUCUGCUCAGGCUGAUUCAGUGUAUGCAGCAAUAACUACACCAGUCGUAGCACAGACUCGCCGUGCACAUUUCUUUGACCGAAAUCGGAUUAAUCUUGAAGCUCAUCAACUAAUAUGGUGCGAUGCAAAUAUAAAUGAUCCGGUCAAUCAGUCUGAAUCACUGAUUACAAUUGGUAAGCUCCGAAAAAUAGUUGAUUACACCAAACUAUUUGAUAAUGUCAAUGAGUGUUUACAAUACAUGGAACAAACUAAAGACACAAAUACUUUUCGUGUUUGUUCAGAACAAUUUGUUGAAAAACUUGCAUCAGGAACACACGAAUUGAAAAACAUAAAAACCAUUUAUAUUUAUUACUCAAAGAAUGAGCCACAUCUUGAACAAUGGUCAUCUGACUAUGCCAGGGGUCAUCGUAUCCAUACUAAUUUGCAACUAUUACUUCAAGAUAUUACAGCAGAUGUCAACACUUAUUUACAGCAAGAAAGAGAUAAUAUUUUUAGUGCAGCUGGAAGAGUGAAUAAAUCAACCGUACCAUUUUAUGCAACUUGGUGGCGAAGCUUCAUCUUAAUGCUUUGUCGAUUACCACAUUCUGAAAGUUGUGUCGCUGAAUUUCUUGAAGUUUUAAGAAGAUACUAUCAAGAUAAAGAUCCAGAGUUGAAAACUUUAGAUGAAUUUGAGCGUGACUACACUCCUGAGAGAGCGAUUUGGUGGUAUACAUGUGAUACAUUUAUCUAUCGUCUUCUCAACAAAGCACUUCGCCAACAUAACAUACAAUUGAUGUUUUUAUUCGGUUUCUAUGUGAAAGAUAUGUACAAGCAACUGAAAAAUGAACAUCGAAACUUAAGAAGUCGUCAUUCGACUGAUCCUCUACUAAAAGUUUAUCGAGGACAAAUGAUAUCAGUCGAUGAAAUAAAACAAAUCAAAGAGGUGGACAGUCCUGGGAUUACCAUUACUAGUUUUACUUCGACAUCACUCGAUCGUGGUUUAGCAUUGGUAUAUUUAAGUACUCUCACACGACCAGAUGAUCAAUUACAAAGCAUCUUGUUUGAAAUCGAAUUGGACAUUCGCGAUCAAUCUCUUCCUUUUGGAAAUAUUUGCCAUCUAUCUCAAUUUACAAGCGAAGACGAAAUUCAAUAUUAUUCCAAUACCCCGAGAAAAACGAUCGUAGAAGAACAUCUACAUCGAGAAGAGAACAUGACACUAAUUUCAAACACGUGA